CGCUUGAUACUGUGUCUCGUUUUGAUAUGGUCACCUUAUGCCUUAACCAGCAGAAUUUAGCGAAGCCCCAAACUACAACGGAAACAGAGGACAUGAGGGGGUGGUAAAACCAGCACCAUUGCCACCACUCCACCGCUCCACAGCCACAGCCAUCGCCACCGCUAACUCUACCAAACCCUCACUCCUCCAUCAAAAUCCCUAAUUCCGAUGGUGUCAGUGAACAAGCUGUCUCUUUCGCAAACAUCAUCUUCGCUUCCAAUGCCGUCGUUUUUCUCAUCUUCACAUUCUUCAUCACUUUUUUCCUCUAGAAUGUCUAUGGCUUCCAAUGAUUCUCGCCCUAAAAUUUUCUCCCAAAACAGCGUUAGAUGUGAUAUGGCUGAACCUGUAAAUGUUGGGAAUGGAAAGCCCAGUAUUCCAAUCCUUAAUGAACGGACUCUACCCAAGUUCCUGGAAUCUGCACGCAUUGAGAAAAAAAUUAACAAAAAUAGUAGCAGGCUGAAAUUGUUUUCUGGGUCAGCAAAUCCUGCUCUUUCUCAGGAUAUUGCUUGGUAUAUGGGCCUGGAACUGGGAAAGAUCAACAUAAAACGGUUUGCUGAUGGUGAAAUUUAUGUUCAAUUGCAAGAGAGUGUUAGAGGAUGUGAUGUAUAUCUAUUACAGCCCACCUGCCCUCCAGCAAAUGAGAAUCUCAUGGAGCUUUUGAUCAUGAUAGAUGCUUGUAGGAGAGCUUCAGCCAAGAACAUCACUGCUGUGAUUCCCUAUUUUGGAUAUGCUAGAGCUGAUAGAAAGAGUCAAGGUCGUGAAUCAAUUGCAGCCAAACUUGUUGCAAACCUUAUCACCAAAGCAGGAGCAAAUCGCGUUCUUGCUUGUGAUAUUCAUUCUGGGCAGUCUAUGGGUUAUUUUGAUAUCCCUGUUGACCAUUUGUACUGUCAGCCUGUGAUUCUUGAUUAUCUUGCAAGCAAGACAGUUUGUUCCAAUGAUUUGGUGGUGGUUUCUCCUGAUGUUGGUGGAGUUGCAAGAGCUCGUGCUUUUGCAAAAAAGUUGUCUGAUGCCCCUUUAGCUAUUGUGGACAAAAGGCGUCAGGGACACAAUGUUGCUGAGGUGAUGAACCUUAUUGGUGAUGUAAAAGGAAAGGUUGCAGUUAUUGUGGAUGACAUGAUUGACACUGCUGGGACAAUUGCAAAAGGAGCAGCCCUCUUACAUCAAGAAGGAGCCAGGGAAGUCUAUGCAUGCUGCACUCAUGCUGUUUUUAGCCCUCCAGCCAUUGAGAGGCUGUCAAGUGGCCUAUUUCAAGAAGUGAUAAUUACAAACACAGUUCCAGUGGCUGAGAAGAACUAUUUCCCUCAAUUGACUGUUCUAUCAGUAGCUAAUCUAUUGGGCGAAACAAUUUGGCGUGUUCAUGAUGAUUGCUCUGUGAGUAGCAUUUUUCAAUGAAUAACUUAGGAAUGUCCAAUGGCGAUACCACUCAACUCAACUAAGCCUUAGUUCAAAACUGAUCAAAGCUGGUUUCCUCCAUUCAACUCUGAUUAUGUUCAAAUUUACUAUUAGCCAUUACUAUCCAAUGAUGUGGGUCCUUCUAAUUUAUUCAUGGAUAUCGCUGCAAAGGUGGCUUCAAAACUAUACAAGGACAAGAAAAUCGUUUAUCGGUUUCUAAUACAUUCCCUUUUAAACAUCUUUUCAUAAAUUGAUAAUUGUCCAACAUAUUAUUAUUAUUUCCUGUACGAAGGCUAGAUCAGAUGAUUAUUCAUCUGCUUCUACAUUGUGUCAUGAAUUGAUCCUUAAGUUAGCUUGCUCAACUGCUGAUGUUUCAGUACUUUUGAUGUGGUAAAAUGUCAUUUGCUUUCUACAUGAACCUCUGAACAAUUAUGUUUUAAUAAGUUAUUAUUAGUAACGGGAAAGUUUUAGCUGA